GUUGAGGCUCUGAGUGAUGCAGUCUCUGUUUGGCGGAGGGGAGCUGGGGCUGCUGGGAGGAGGCGGUGACGCCGGGGGCCUGAAGGAGGAUGGCUGCGGCAGUGUUGCGUGGCACUCCUCCACCCUGCCCGCCGACGAUGUCUACUCGGCCUCGCACUUUGCCCUCAUCACCGCCUAUCAGGACAUCAAGACACGGCUGGCCUGCCUGGAGCGGGAAAACACCAGCAUCAAGAGGAAACUCAAGAUCUAUGAGAUCAAGUUCCCUAUGAUCAGCGAGUUCGGGGACAACACAAACUCCUACUGCUCCUUUGAGAGCAAAGAGACGGCGCUGCUGCACUCAGAAAAUGGCAACCUGCAGCAGAGAGUCAACGUCCUGACCCAUGAGCUCCAGAAGAGGAAGGAGCGAGAGGAGCAGCUGGAGGAUGUGAUCCAGGCCUAUGAGAAGAUUCACAUGGAGAAGAGCAACCUCCAGAGGGAUCUGGACAAGAUGACCAGCCUGGUGGAGAAGCAUGUGGAGCGGAUCCUGGACCUGGAGUCGGUUCUGAGGCAGAGGGAGAGCUCGGUGCAGAAACUCAACAUGCAGCUGCACAGCAAAGACAUGCAGUACCUGCAGCUGCACGCCGGCCCGGACGCACACAUGCUGGACUGUCCGGCCAUGACCCUGCAGAGCUCCCGUAGCCUAGACGCCCUGUCCGACCUGAAACUGCAGCGGCUGGAGGCGGAGCUCGAGGGGGCGCGGCAUGAGGCUCAAGGGGCGUGUCAGCGGGAGGAGGAGCUGAAGGGGGAGUGUGAGAGGCUGAAGGAGGAGAUGAGGAUGCUGCAGAACAGCCAAAGGGAACGGGAAAUGACUUCUCCGUGCAAGCAGUGUGAUGUGGAGUGGAUAAAGAAGGUGGGAGACGAGCAGGUGAAUUUGGCUCUGGCCUACACCGAGUUAACGGAGGAGCUGGGACGCCUCCAAGCUCUGAGCUCCAAGCAGACAGAGAUCCUGAGGAAAGCCUCGCAGGAGCAGGCCAGUCCAGUCCAGCGUCACUCUCCCAUCCACCACCAGCGUCACUCUCCAGUAUCUCAGCGCCACUCGCCCAUCUCACAGCGCCAUUCUCCGGUCCCACCUCCAUCACACCACUCCCCAAUCCAACAGAGACGCUCCCCAGUGCCGCAGCGUCUCUCCCCGGACAUGCACCGCCGCUCCCCGCUGCUGGACGUCAACAAUGGACCGGCCUCUUACUCCUGCCGGCCGCCCAGCCAGCACCUGAGGGCCAGCUUCCAGGGCCGCCGCAGUUACUCAGAGGUAGCCGACCCCUCUGCUUACCAGUGCCCUCCUCGCUUUUCCCUGGACCCCGUCUCCACCCUGCCUAAGCCCCGCCCUUACAUCGAGGGCUACUCAAAACAGGUGCAACAUAUAGGCUCUCCUCAUGGGCUGCAGCACAGAGGUUCCCCGUCUUCCCAUCAAGGAGGAGGGGGAGACGGGGGCCACGGGGAGAACUCCAUGCGCCACUCAAGGGAGAUGCCUUUCCCGCUGUCUGAGGUGGCUCACCUGCAUUUUGAGCCUCCUCCUCCUUCCACGCCCGCCCCCCAUCCCCCGCAGUCCUCCGAAGACGAGGAGGAGUGGAACUGCCCGCAUCCCAUCAGCCCACCACGGACGCUUGGCGUGCUUUCUUCUGCAGUGCCAAGCGGUGUCAUGAGGGGCCCGGCGUCCUGCUCGGCCUUCCCUAUCCCUCAGAGGUCCAACACCCUCACCUGCCCGCCACAUACGGGGUACAUGUCAGCAGAGCACGCUCAGUCCUGGCCUUCAAUUAAUCUCUGGAUGGAGACCGAGGAGAGCGACAUGCGGAGCUGCCCUCUCUGCCAGCUGAUAUUCCCCGUCGGUUACCCCGAUGACGCGCUCAUCAAGCACAUCGACUCCCACCUGGAGAACAGCAAGAUCUGAUCGCCAUGGCAACCAGCCCGCACACAUCUGCGCUCUCCUCUUAUAGAUUAUGUAAGAGAAUUGGCGAGAGCCGGCCCCGGGGGCAAAGUCACAACGUAGAAUCACAGGCGAUCCACUUAGGGGAGCACACAGGCUGGUUACAUCCGUCGGUGGAGGUGCGAAAACCAACGGUCACAUUUUAAAGAGCGGCGCCGCAACACCACAGAGAUCUGCCAGGACGGGUCUUUUCACUGAUCGCCACAAAAGAAAGCUUCGCCUGUAUAAUGACUGGCUCUGGUUGCUUCUGUUUUUUGAGUCUUGUUGUGUGGUUUCAGGCAGUUUCAGGUGUUGUGCUGUUUUUCGCUUCACAGUGUAGUUUGAACACUUUGAUUUAGCAAAGUAAGCCAAAGACGAGGCGUGAGUGAGAGAGUGAGAGAGGGGGGCAGGUGGGACGGGUCAGGGGCUCUGCAUGUUACAGAAUAAUUUUCAGUGUUAGUUAAUGAUCAGGGAGAACUGAGGUGUUUCUUUUUUUUUCCUCACAGCUCAGCUUUGAAAACACCGUACACCUGUUGGGACGUUUUCUUUUCUCACACACACAAACUACGGACUAUUCGGGGAGGAUUCUGUGCCGAGGACGCUGAUCUGGUAGAAGGUGGCUUAUUAAAAUGAUCUGACAGACAGAGGAAGGCAUUUAAGGGAAGGUUUUGAUGCUGAAAGCUCCUGUGAGGCGGACCAAAAUCAACACCGAUUCCUCUGGAUGAGCUACAAAAGCUAACAAGACCAUCAGAGGAGGCAAAGUUAUUUUACAUGCCAGCCACAGGGUUGGUAUCAGGUGUCAGCAAAGCUUCAUUUUGAGUCACACUUUAGAUUUUCAAAAUAAAGACAGGUGAAAUGUCUUUGUUAGAAACACUACUUGCAUGUGUUCGAGACAAAAUGAGCAAGGUGAAUCGCAACCUAAACGUCACUCACAGGAGCUUUAAAAGGAGAAACUAAGAGAGGAUUCAGGCUGUCUGUCGAUCAGGGUUUGAUGCCAGUUCACUCUCACUUCUCUAAAAACGAGGGAGUGUGUGUGUGCAUGGCUGUGUUCAGUGAUGCUGUUUUUUGCACUGGCGGCACAGAUUUUCUCCUCAAACCAGUUUUAUUUUGUGCACUUAGUUGAAAAUUGUUCAACUUCUGGUGCAUUCAGAAUCAAAAAGAGGCGGGGCUUCUGCAUGAAUUCUGUCAACAACAAGGUGGAGGGUCUGCACAGAGGACCAAUUUCCAGGGCUGUGUUCGAAACCGCUUGCUACAUACUACCUAUGAAUGUAGUACACAGUACAUACUGCACACUACGUUUGAAGGUGGUAUGUAGUAUGACUGUUGUGUGAUCUGUUCUGCAGGAUGCUGGGUCAGGCGUCGCUGGAUUUUUCCUUUUGGAAAGCUUUAGCAUCCACUUAUGAUUUAAGAAGUUAAGAAGUGGUUUAUAUAGAAUUUAAUAAUUAACACAGACAUUCAACAAGAUUCAAAGGUUUUUAUUGUCAAUUUUCACUAUAUAUAUGAAGACAUACAGGAAAAAAGAGAUGCUGUUUCUCUCUUCCAGCUCUUAAAUAGCAAAAAUUUUAACAGAAAAUACAAUAAAAUAUAAUAAAAUACAGUUAAAAAACAGCUUAUGUACACAGUGCAGGUAGUGCAGUGCCGUGACAGGUUAAAAAUGGACAAUGUAAAUAGAUAACAGUGCAAAUGAUAUGAAGGUGCAGACAGUAUUCGAGAUAAGUAAAUGAUUAAGUAAACGGUUAAUGUAGUGGGUGUGUUACAGUCCAGGGGGCAGAGAGGGGAGGUAGUGAGUGGAGUUCAGCAUCCUGACAGCCUGGUGGAAAAAGCUGUUCAACAGUCUGGUGGAGCGGUACCUUUUCCCUGAAGGCAGGAGACUGAAGAGGGAGUGGUAGGGGUGGGAGGUGUCACCAGCGAGGUGAGGCGGGUGUGGAAAAUGUGAAGGGGAAGCACCGAUCUUGCUGAACAUGAACAGUUACCUCUGUAAUUACUGGAAGUUACAAGAUUCACAGAUGUUUAUUUUGCAUUACUUCACUGUAAAUGUAACGGACCGUUAAAUGUAUUAUACUCCAACACAGUAGGUGGCGAUAAUGCUCCUAAAAACUGAGUAGCGCUAUGCAUUGUGGGAAACAGUAUGUGAGGGAGACUGGUCCGCUGCAUACUGAGAAAUUUCCUGAAUCAAUGCGACAUCCAGGUAGUUUUGGCAUACUGCAGAUUGUGCUCUUGUUCACAUCCUACAAACUGAAUUUCAACCAAUUCAGUACGUACUGCUUGUAUAGUAGGCGGUUUCAAAUACAGCCCAGGUCCAGAGCUGCUGCUAAUGCUCCAACAGAAUUUCUAUCCAUUGGUUUUCUUCUUUCGUUUUAAAAUGCAUUUACAAAUAAGUCAAGGCAGACUAAACGGCCAUUUCUGAGUGAGGCAGAAGUUCCUUGGGACAACCUUGCUGGGAGUCGUGCAAGCUGUCAGUGCAAAAAGCAGCGUUAGCAGAAACAGCCCAUUUAGAAAGAAUUAAACAUUCCAGUUUCUCAUUUCAUCUUCUGACAAACCGUCCAACAAGCUGUGGAUCAUGAAUGUUAAAGUCCGUUUGGAGAAGCCCACAGGUGGCAUUUUCUAAAAAAUCAGAGUCGUGAUGAUGCCCUGCAGGGCGGGGCACUGAUGAUAAUGAUUCAUCUUCUCACAAGUGGAGAUUUUUUUUCAGAUUAUACCUUUUUGCUUGCAGCCUGUUCAAAAGAAUCUAAGUAUCUUAGCACUUUAAGUUAGCAUAGCCUAUAAAAUGUAUCUGUUUUCAGUCCCCAUAUAUAUUUUCCUUGAUUAUUUACUAUUUAUAUUGUCGAUCUGUAAGGCAAAAAAUAUGGAGAUAUAUUUUUGCAAAUGUAAACACACAACAUGCCUCAUGUUGGUGUGUCUCCCUUGUGCUUGUACACGGAUGUAUAUAAAGGAUAUGGGGUUGUUUUCUGUACAAAGACUUUAAAUUAUCACCCGGGAUUCCCCUCGGUCUUCCUCAAGAUCUGACUUUUAAAGAAGUUUGAUGUCACCACUGCCCAGACCACCCAACAAAAAAACACAAAAAGGAGACACACACACAGACGGCUGCACGAGAGGAAGAUUUCUGACCUGCUCUGAGGAGGAAGAAGCCGCAGGCGUUUGUUUUACUGUGUUUCUAUUUCAGAGAUCUGACACCAGAAGCAUCGUCUCCAAUCAGUUAUCUCUGCAGGGUUUCAGCAAAGACAAUACUCUUCUUUUGAUACAUGGGUUUAGUUUUUAUCUACAGUGGAAUCUUAACUCCAGCUCUGCUUAUUGAACUCUUUUCUGAAAGAAGAAUACAAAGUUACACUGAUGUCAGCUAAUCCGAGGCUUUCAGUUACAUGUGCAGUUUCUAAUGUAGGGGACAUCCCUGCACACCCACUCAUGCAUUUAAACUGGUUUUGAAGUUACUGAGGAAAUGAAAUGAGGUAUAAGCAGUCAGGGUAGAGACUGUGGCAGCAGGAGGAUGGAGGAUGUGAUGUAGGUUUUUAAGUCCUUGCAUCACGUAACUUCUACCCACCUGAAGUACUCUUAAGCAAAACACCACAUCUGUACUUUCUGUGGCUUUGGCCCCGGCUUUGACUUUCCUAUAAAGGUUCAAGAAUGUCACAUACAGCAUAAAGGAAUAUCUGAUUAAGGGAUAACUCUGGUUAGUUUCCUUUUAAAAACUCAGUUUAAAACUUGUGCAAAUGGUUCUAAUACUCAAGACGACAUGGUUUUCACUUUGUUAAUUUCUGGAGGUCUGGGAAAGCGCUUAAAUUCACAACAAAAGAUUCUGUUUAAUUAUAUUAUUUGAUUAUUUAUUGAUACUGCUAAUGCUGCUAACUCUCCAUUAAUUUUAUGUUGACUUUGUGCACCUUUCUAUAUUUUAGAGUCUAACUUAAGUGUUUUAAAAAAGGAGAAUUUGUACCAAUUAUUCCAUACUUAUAAUUCAUUUUAUGGAGCAACCUCUCCUCUGACUAAGGAGGUAAGAUAAAAGCAGAGAAAACCUCCUUUAGUUCAGAUAUUCUGGCUUUCCAAUCAUCAAACCUCCAGUGUUGAAAAUUAAAAGCCAAUGCGGAAGGUUAAAAUAUUGCAGUUCCUCAAGUUUCCACUUGAGGCUCGCUUCAAGAGCCAAGGAAUCCCCAUUAGGUCCCAUGUUAAACUGAUAUUUUUACAGCUAAUUACACAUACUUUAAGUUAGAGUAUUUAGUUUGCUAAAAAUCAUCAUGACUCAGUUUUGUCAGAUUCGUUGUCAUGAGUAGAAAACAACUCUUAAAAUGUUCUUUUUUUUUUUAUGACGGUCAUGUCAAGUUGGGGGAAGGACUUGAGGAGGACCCCAGUGCAGAUUUUGAAUAAAAGGUUUUAAUAAACAAAAGAACAAAUAGGUACAAACAAAACUACUGAAGUGGCUAAAAAACUAAGUCCAAAAUAAACCAGGGAACACAGGAAAGACAUACAAAGAUCCAACACAGGACAGGGGGAACAGAGAAACUAAAUACACAGUAAUUAACACAGGUGAGACAAAUACGGUAAAUCAAGAAGGAGGGAAACACCCAAGAACAGGAAGUAAAACUAAACUGGAAACACAGGGAUCAAGAACUACAAAAUAAAACGAGAGACAAGACUAAACUAUGAAUCAAGAAAAAACACAAAGGACUAUUUCACCAAACACAAGGAAGACACCUAACAGAAUAAACAUGAGGAGGAACCAAGGCAUGAAACACAAGGAAAAAACUAAACUAAACAUCAGCUCAUGACAGGUCAGGAAACCUGAACUCUAAUUGGCUUCUGGGGGUCUUGCACAUUUUCCACCCAAGUUAAAAUGUCCCCUUUCCAUGCUACAAAAAUCCAGGCCUCAAGAAUAGAUUCUACAUUUCAAUGUUGAAACUUUAAUUUCUAAAUAGAACUUACAACAUCCACAAUUUCAAAAAUCCCUCUGAGUCAAAUAAAAACUGAAGGAAGUGUAAUCAGCAGCCGUGGGCUGUAGUGUCGUUUGCAUUCAGUGAAAGAUAAAACAGAAAGUUUAUUUUAAGGAGAGCACUUCCUCAUUCUGAAAAAAGUACCUACCACCUACUCAAACCAAUUCCUGGGGAAACCCUGAAAACUGCUCAGAAAUUCAAGAGAAAAUGAAGCGAAAUGGAGUUCAAACUCAAAUUUCAGUCAAACCAUGCAGCCAAAUGUGGUGGUUUCAUCUGGAUUAAUAAUAACCUGCCCGAUCAUCUGACUGCUGACGUCUUUCACCAAUAAUUGUAUUUUUGUGCACCACUCAGAAAAUUCAAGCAUCAACCAUGUGACUGCAGAGUUAUAAACCAAAUGGGAACAAACUGGAGUUAUCCUUUAAAAAAAACUACAUCCUGGUGUACACUAAGGCUGCUUAAGAUACUCAACCAUCAAAUUGAAGAGGGCUUUAAUGACUCCCAAUUAUUCUACACUGUAUGUAUGUUCUUGUAUCACUCUGUGUAAAGUAUUUAAAGUGUGUACAAACAUGUAUUUGCAAGUAAACUAAUGCAACAUGUACUCUAUUAUCCAACAACUUCAAACUGGAGUGUCUGUAAAUCAGUAUAUAUAAUCCUAGCCACCACCGACACUCUGAAUAUGAAAUAUAUGCCAGUUAUAUACAAGUACUACCCAACACCUUUACCUCUUUUACUCACUAUGUAGUGGUUUGUCCUCUAGACAUCUGAUAUUUAACAAAGACAAGCCUGCAGACCAGAACUGUUUUAUAUGUCAGGAUGUGUGACAGUGAGCACUCGUUAGCUCUCACAUGUUAAAUCAAGUUUUCUUUUCUGACAAUACAACCACAGGUACGCCAGAGAAGAAUCAAAAAUGGAUGCCUGUAAGUCAUAAAGAAGUAAAGUGGUGAUGCUCAUUUCUUUCUGAUCUGGGUUAUAAUGCAGUAAAGAAAGGAAGACUGUUAACAUUCAGGAUGUGCAGAUUUACCGUCUACGCUUAUGAUGGUGUUGUGUUGCAUCAUACUUUUUAAACUGGCAUCAGCAAAACGGUUCAACCAAAUCUGGAAACAUUAACUCAAACUAUAACUUUCUCUGCAAAUAAUUAUUAAGCUCCUCAUGUUUAUGUAUUCUGGUUUGAUAAAUUAUGCCAUUAAGAAAUCACAUAAAGGUUAGAAAUGUGCAAAAUUACAGUUUACGCCGAUGAUGGUGUUGUGUUGCAUCAUAUAAUUUAUUCUGGCAUCAGCUAAAUUUAGAAGCAUUUCAACCAAAUCUGGACACAUUAAGUCAAACUAUAACUUUUCACAUGAGUCAGUUCAAAUAAAUGUUAAGCCUCUGAUGUUUAAGUUUUCUGGUUUGAUAAAUUAUGCCAUUAAGAAAUGUGCAAAAUUACCGUCUACGCCGAUGAUGGUGUUGUGUUGCAUUAUGAAUUUUAAACUGGCAUCAGCAAAAGUUGGAAACAGUUCAACCAAAUCUGGAAACAUUAAGUCAAACUGUUUCCUCUCAAUUUUCUCUGCAAAGAAUUAUUGAGCAUCUGAUGUUUUUUUAUUUGGUUUGACAAAUUAUGCCAUAAAGCAAGAAAGUAUGAUAAUGUUUAAAAUGUGCAGAAUUAUUGUCCUAGCCGAUGAUGAUGUUGUGUUGCAUCAUGAAUUUUAAACUGGGAUCACCAGAAGUUGGAAACAGUUCACCUAAAUCUGGAAACAUUAAGUCAAACUAUAACUUUUCAUAUGAAUCAGUACAAAUAAAUAUUGAGUCUCUCAUGUUUAAGUUUUCUGGUUUGAUAAAUUAUGCCAUUAAGAAAUUACAAAAAUGUUACAAAUGUGCAAAAUUACCAUCUACACCGAUGAUGGUGAAGUUUUGCAUCAUACAUUUGAAACUAGCAUCAGCAAAAGUUGGAAACAGUUCAACCAAAUCUGGAAACAUUAAGUCAAACUGUUUCCUCUCAAUUUUCUCUGCAAAGAAUUAUUGAGCAUCUGAUGUUUUUUUAUCUGGUUUGACAAAUUAUGCCGUAAAGCAAGAAAGUAUGAUAAUGUUUAAAAUGUGCAGAAUUACCAUCUACGCCGAUGAUGGUGUAGUGUUGCAUCAUACAUUUUAAACUGGCAUCAGCAAAAUUUAGAAACAGUUUAAAUCUGGAAACAUUAUGUCAAACUAUAACUUCUCAAUUUUCUCUGCAAAGAAUUAUGAGUAUCUGAUGUUUUUUAUCUGGUUUGAUAAAAGUAAAUAUUGAGUCUCUCGUGUUUAAGUUUUCUGGUUUGAUAAGUUAUGCCAUGAAGAAAGAAAGUAUGACAAAGUUACCUUCUACGCUGAUGAUGGUGUGGAGUUGCAUCUAGGGCUGUCAGUGUUACACAUCAAUUAUGAUGCGACUGAGGUGGGAAAUACGUCCCUUUUCAUCAGACUGUAGUUAAGCUGUCGCUGCAUCUUCUUGCCACGUCAUGAUGGAAAAGUAAAGACAUCACUGUUCUUCUAAACGGCUCAUUUCACUUUAAAAACUCCAGACGGCUUUGUGUCGAACAGAACUAAAAUAUCCCAGAACUUUGAGUUUGAGCUAACACCUGCGAGCUAAGCAAACAGGUGCAGCUAAUCACACCGAUGUCGGCGAGCGGCCACAUCACAAAAGCCGACAGAGCUCUAUUUGGGAGUGUAUGAAUCACUCCAGACAUGUGGAUGAAACACAAAGCAGUUAACUACAGUGCUUGGUAAAUGUGUGGCAACUGACUGUUGUGACCAAUCAUCAUGGAGAACAAUAGUUUCACACAUACAGGACAUGUUUGAAACUGAGUCAGCAACUAAGCUGGAACUCCUAAUGAGUUACAUAUGCUGUCAUCAAACGUAUCUACACUUAAAAACUGUUUUGAAAUGAUGAAUAAUGGAAUUUUAAUAUCAUUUGAAUUUGAGAGAUUAAUCUGGAUUGAAAAUGUAAUAGCUUGACAGCCCUAGACGCAUCAUGAAUUUGUUAGUUAGCAUUAAAAAACUGAAUUUGUACAGUAAGCUGAAGUCAGAUUUGAAGUUUCACCACCUGAGUUCCUUUUUUCUUCAUGGUGCAGACGCACAUGUGCAGAGUAUGAAGAUUUCACUAACACUAUGUACUUUGGCUCUUACGGCGGGACAACCUACUUUGGCCUAAAACCACCAUAGGUCAACAUUGUAGUUAAUGAUGUUUUUAUCAUGCUGUAAAAAGAGAGAGAUUAUAUUCAAAAUUUGCAAAAUUGGCGUCCACGCUGACGAUGUUGUGGUGUUGCAUCAUAACCUCAACAGGCACAUAAAUGGAGUUUGGACAUUUUGAGUUAGGUUUUUAAAUUUUAAAUGAUUACGUUUUAGAUCCAGCUUUUGAUUGGUCACUUUUUCUUCAAAGCUGAAAUGUACAAAGCAGAAUUUGAAGAUUUGUCCCUUUUUCUUCUCCUACUUUGACUCCAAAACAAAAGGUUAUAUCUGGUUUUGCUGAGACACAGAGGACACAGUUUGUGUUUUCCUUGACCGUGUCUAAGUGUAAUACAUGUUGCAGUCGGGUCAAGGUUGCAGUCUUUUUUCUUUUUCAUAUCUUGCUUCAGAGAGAAGAACAUCCAAUAGUGUAAAACACUCGUCUACACUGAUGAUAAUGUAGUGUUGCAUAAAGUGCAAAUCACACUUAAAAAACAGAAGUAGUUAAAUUGAAUUAAAACAUUAAAGGUUCAAACUUGAUUAUGUUUUACAUCAGAUUCAGGUACAGGUAGUUAUUUUUGAAAUUUUCAACUUUUAACCCUCCCAAAAAAAAAAAGCCCUACUUUUGCCCAUAAACAAAUUAUUUCCUGUUUUCACAAAAAAACAAAAGAACAGCUUGUGGUUUUCUUCAGAAUGUCAGAGUGAAGAAAAAUGCUGCAUUGAGAUUCAUGUUACUGGGAUGUUGUUUGCAACCACAACCCGUUGGCAGCAACAAAUGUAAACACCCUUCAAUAUGAGGUCAACAUUUGGUGCACAGAAGUUUAUGCUGCAACACAUCUAAAGCUGUGCUGAGGUCUUUAUUUAGAACCACAGCAGCUUGAAGCUAACUCUUUGUUCUGUGUCCACUGAUUGUCACAAUAUAAAACAAUCUAAACUCAAAAAUCUGGAAUUAUCUCUGUUUUUCUUCUUUUUGGUGUUUUUACAGCACAGACGAACCUUUGUUUACUUCGAAGGCUCAAAAGGAGACAAAUCCAGCAAACUGAAUCAAAUGUAACUUUUGUUUUAUGGUGAAAAUUCACUCAGAUUUUACUCAGGAGAAAACGGCCAGUUUCAUUUUCCUUUCUUGUACAGCUCCACUCUCCUAGAAGUAAUGUGAGUCAGGUUGUUCUCCUGUGUAACAUUAAGCGCACACUGAGACCUCAGCACUAAUGAACUCUCCACAACACUAAUGAGCUUCGUUUAUGGUGGAACCACUCUGCUGGCGUUGAAGGACAUCAUGAGUGUGACCCACAGAGGUAUAUAAGAGUCACUUUUUCUUGCUCUCUGUCUGUAAAUAUUCCUAUAAAUAAACUGGAACUUGCACUGAAA